CGCUGCUUGUCCGGUCGUGCGCGGUCCCCAUGUGGCUAGCUAUAAUCUUUCUGUACUUCGCUGUAUGGAGAGCAGAAGCAGGUCGUGUAACCGUUUCGAAGACAGGUCAUAUAGCCAAACUAGACGAGCUAUGUGCUCGAAUGCACAACAACACAGCUCUAGAGGGAGUAGAUCCCGUAGAUAUGCUUCAGGCGAACGCUGUAGAAUGUCAAAGGAGUUGCGUCGAUAUGUACCCAUUUUGUACUGCAGUGGUAUACUACUACUUGCAUGAUGAAGCUCAAAAGCACAAUUGCUACCUCUUCGAGCACAAUUCACUUCAUGAAAAGGCAAAACUCGUAAAGCAAAAUCCCGAACACGAAGAUGAUGUGGUGCGCAUGUUAGAACUUGCACCAAACUGUCACAAAUUUGAUAGUUUUCCACCAUUGGAAGAGGAUGAGCUGGUGACGUCAACAGAUAAAGUAGACCGUAAGAAACGACAGAAUGCCAACGAUACCGUGGUUCUAGGCGUCGGUGAUUGGACGGAUUGGUCAAGCUGUACAAAAAACGGAUUCGAGAGCCGCUCUCAAGCUUGCGAAUACGGUAGAAAAAUACAACGUCGUGGUUGUCCUGCACGGCAACCGCUUCAACAUUUCUCGCCUGUGCCCGAACCAACUUUGACACAUCCUCAACCGUUUUCUCGUCCUGACCAGUAUAGGAUGGAUUCUCGGUUGCAGUUGAAUGAAGAUUCUCGGAUGCAUGCGGGUCCCGAGCCUCCACAGGUGGAGCGGCACCCGUAUUCUCGAAAUGAGUCACCUCGAGCACAAUCACAACCAUUUUCACGACCUGGAGCGGAGCGAAAUGAACCAAACAUAAAUCACCUGAAUCAGUCGCCUUAUGACGAAUAUGCUAGGCGUUAUUUAGAGAGGCUAGCUCAACAACGCAUACCUCAACGACAUGCUGCUUUACCCUUUGCUCAGCCGUGCGCACAAGGUAUCUGUCCAUCCCCCGAAUCUGUUCAACCUCCGCAGCCCACACCGCCUCUGCAGCUCCCCACUCCUCCUGCUCAAUCUGGACUGCGAGAGUUCAUUCGUCCGCAGGUAGAAGUGCGAGAACCACCACGAUAUCGGCCAGCACCGCCUCCACCUCCUGCUUGUCACGGCGAGGGAUGCUUGCCUCGUUCAUCUCCAGCUCAACCUUCAGGUGUUUGGUACGAUUGGUCUGAUUGGUCUGCUUGUUCAUGCACUUGCGGAGAAGGCAUGAAGCAAAGGCGAAGGGAAUGUAUGGGCAACAAUUGUCAGGGACCUGAUUAUGACACUGCUCCUUGCGACAUGGGACCAUGUGAGACAUGGUCGGAAUGGUGCGAAUGGUCGACAUGCAGCGGAAGUUGCGGACGAGGAGAACGACAACGUACGAGAUUUUGCCUUCUGGGCACCCAACGUUGUGAGGGAAAAGAUUUUGAGAUGGAAACAUGCGAUGCUGGACCAUGUCCCGAAUGGGCCAAUUGGGAAGAGUGGGGUAGAUGCUCAGCAAGCUGUGGAUCUGGAGUCGCACGAAGACAGAGAACAUGCUUAGGGGGAGACCAACAGGGUUCAUGUCCAGGUCCAAGCACUGAAGAACGCCCGUGUGAGGAGUUGCCGUGCUCAACUUGGUCACCAUGGCAGGACUGGGGUUCAUGCACUGUAUCAUGCGGACAUGGUAUCAAGCGUAGACAACGAGUAUGUCAGUACGGUACAGACUGUCCUGGACCUGCUGAGGAAACAGAGCCAUGCUUCAGUCACGCCUGUGCCACUUGGACACAAUGGACUGACUGGUCCGAUUGUACUUCGCAGUGUGGUCCGGGACAGCGCUCGCGGAAGCGGUCUUGUCGUUCAUUUGAUGGUGCCGAGAGUAAAGACUGCCCAGGAGCACCAGUUGAGACAACUUUGUGUGAAGGAACAACGUGUUGUCGUUGGUCGGAUUGGUGUGCUUGGUCCAGCUGUGAUCGAGAGUGUGGUAUCGGUCACACUGUUCGUACAAGGGCUUGUGUUAAUGGAGAUGGAAUGAUCGACGCCGCCUGCCAUUGUGAGGGUCCGGACCGCGAACAAAAGGAGUGCAAUACACAACCCUGCGCUUUGCAGUGUUCUUGGACGCAGUGGUGUGCUUGGAGCGGGUGUAGUACAGCAAACCAGUGUGAGAUCGGAAUCCAAAGCAGAUCGCGGCAAUGCGUGGGCGAGCCCGGUUGUCACUGUCUGGGCCUCGCCGAAGAGAAUCAACAGUGUAGAGGACAAAUUCCAUGCUCAACAAAUGCACCGCCAUGUUAAUCUAAGGCUUUUGAGCUUUACUAUAGCAUGCUAGAGUAUAAUUUGUA